CAAGGCUGUCAACAUGUCAACCAAAUCAAAAGAAGGAGAAAGCAUUUACCGCAUCCCUCCAUACUAUUACAUCCAUGUUCUGGAUCAGAACACCAAUGUCACCAAGGUGGAGGUGGGCCCAAAGACUUUCAUCCGGCAGGAUAAUGAGAAGGUCAUUGUUGGACCAGAGAAAAUGAUAACCAUUCCUCCUCRUCAUUACUGCAUUAUUGAGAACCCAGUACUGAGGGAUCCUAAAGAAGGAAAGGUGAUAGUGGAUGAUUAUGGGCAAAUAAGGUUACGACAUGCUGAUCAGGAAAUCCGCUUAGCCCAAGACCCAUUUCCACUGUUUCCUGGUGAGGUGCUCAAACUUGGUUGCUCUCCGUUAAGAAUUGUUAUGGCCAAUUCUGCUCUGCGUCUCAGGGCUGUUCUGGACUUUGAAGAUGAAUCAGGGGAAAAAAGAGUUGCUGGAGAUGAAUGGCUGUUUGAAGGACCUGGUACUUUGAUUCCCCGUAAGGAAGUAGAAAUUAUUGAGACUGUCCGUGCCACUGUAAUUCAAGCGAACCAGGCCAUAAAGUUACGAGCAAGAAAGGAAACAAGGGACCGAGAAGGACACCUGCGAGUCACAGGUGAGAUCUGGCUGGUACGAAAAGUAGGUGCAUAUCUGCCUGGAGCUUAUGAAGAAGUGGUUACUGUUGAUGAUGCUUUUGUCCUUACCGACAAGUUAGCACUCCACUUGGUAGCCACUGGUACAUUCAAGGAUGUGUAUGGCAUAACCAGGAAAAAUGGUGAAGAAUGGCUAAUCACUAAGAAUGAAGCAGAGGCCCACAUACCUGAUGUUUAUGAAGAGGUAAAAGGUCUUGUAGAUAUCACAACCCUCAACAAUCGCCAAUACUGUGUCAUCCUGAACCCGAUAGGUAAAGAUGGCAAACCUCAGCUAGGACAAAAGAAGCUUGUCAAGGGUGAAAAGUCGUUUUUCCUCAUGCCCGGUGAAAGUCUUGAACGUGGUACGCAGGAUGUUUACAUCUUGGGUGAAGAUGAAGGACUCAUCCUCAAGUGUAAUGAAGCCUUUACUGAUACUGAUGAAGACGAGGUUAACACACCAGAGGUUUUGCAAUCGGCAGAUGACUCGGAGGAUGACCUUUCUAAAUAUAUUGUAAAGAAAAUCAYGCGAAGACCAGGAGACCGGUGGAUGAUUCGUGGGCCCAGUGAGUACAUCCCUCCAGUUCAGGUGGAAGUGAUAGAUAGACGGAAGGCCAUCCCUCUGGACAACAACGAAGGUAUCUACGUGCGUGAUAUAAAGACAGGAAAAGUACGCGCUGUUUGUGGCCAAACGUACAUGCUGACUCAUGACGAAGAACUCUGGCAGAAGGAGCUCCCUCCCGUCGUCGAGGAACUAGUGGUUGGUGGGAAGGAUCCUUUGGCUGAUAGGGGUACUCGCGGUUCUUCAGCCGAUGGAGGGCGCUCGAAGGGACGCAAUAAGACAAGGGUCAUCACUUUCAGAGUACCACACAAUGCUGCUGUACAGAUAUACGACUAUAAAGAAAAGAAAGCCAGAGUAAUCUUUGGUCCCGAGUUAGUCAUGCUUGGGCCUGAUGAACAGUUCACUCAACUUAGUCUUUCUGGUGGAAAACCCAAGAAACCCAACGUCAUCAAGGCCUUGUGUCUUCUUUUGGGUCCGGAUUUCUGUACAGAUAUUAUUGUAGUGGAGACCGCUGACCAUGCUAGGCUUUCGCUUCAGCUCUCGUACAACUGGCACUUUGAUGCUUCAGACAAAAGUGACAAAGAAGCUGCAAAACUGUUCUCGGUGCCUGAUUUUGUUGGAGAUUCUUGUAAAGCGAUUGCAUCCAGGAUUCGUGGUGCCGUGGCUGGCGUACAGUUCGACGAUUUCCACAAGAACUCAGCUAAGAUCAUUAGAACAUCUGUGUUUGGAUUGGAUGAAAAUCUCAAGAUCCGAAAUCGGUUUUCAUUUCCUGCCAACAAAUUGUACAUCACCAGUAUAGACAUCCAGUCUGUCGAACCAGUAGACCAGAGAACCAGGGACGCCUUGCAGAAAUCUGUACAACUUGCUAUCGAAAUCACUACCAAUUCACAGGAGGCUGCUGCAAGACACGAAGCUGAGCGCCUUGAACAGGAAGCAAAGGGUCGGCUGGAAAGACAGAAAAUUACCGAUGAAGCGGAAGCCGAACGAUCCAGGAAAGAACUUUUGGAGCUUCAAGCGCAAAGUGCCGCAGUAGAGUCUACUGGUCAGGCUAAAGCAGAAGCGCAAUCCCGUGCAGAAGCAGCGAGAAUCCAGGGGGAGGCGGCUGUGCAGCAGGCCAAACUGAAGGCAGAAGCCACAAAGAUAGAAGCAGAAUCAGAACUUGAACGUUUAACAAAGAAACGAGAUGCAGAACUUGGCUAUCUAAGCGAGCAAAAUAAGCUGGAGAUCUCAAAAGCAGAAGCAAUGGGCACCAUUGAGGCUGAGAAGUUUAAAAACAUGGUUUCGGCCAUCGGAGCAGAAACCAUUCAGGCUAUUGCUACAGCUGGCCCAGAGAUGCAGGCUAAACUUCUGCAGUCCCUUGGCCUCAAGUCUACACUCAUCACGGAUGGCAGCUCACCUGUUAAUCUGUUCAGCACAGCUCAAGGGCUUAUCGGUGCACUUGGCUCCCCUGAAUAAGGCUGAUAAUAUCACAGUGAAAUGUAAUACACGAAUCAUUAUCAGUACAAUAGACCGGGUGCUUAGUAGUACAUUGUUGGACUGUUUUAUGGGACGAAAUAGACGCCAUCUUGGAAAUAAUUAUGUCCUAUAAAACAGACCCACAAUUCACUGCAAUGCUAAUCUCGGAAUGACCUUUUAAGUGAUUUGUAGCAAUUUUUACUAGUUUUCAUUCGUUUUUCUACACUUACAUUCAACAUUUGAGCGCAGUUGCACCAUGUAUCGUCCACAUGGGUUGGGAAACAAUGGCUCCAUUCAUGUUUAAACGAAUUGGAUAACAUAUGAAAAACAUCAGUCUUAGAGAGCACUUGUAAGGUAAUCGUGAUGUUUGUCACAGAUUGCUUCCAUAAAAAAAACCUUAAUACGGUAAAUUGUUAAAUGUGAUGAUAAAUUCUAAACAUGCAGGGAUUCUUUUGAGUUGCAAAAAAAAAAGUAAAAGCAACUA